CUUGAAACUUUGCACAUCUCUCAAUCAAAAAACAAAUUGCUGUCCAGACUUUUGAACCAUAGUGUUGAAAAGAACCACCACCACCACCGACAGCCGUCAUGUCCGUCAAAGAGUGCACCCACCACAAGGACAAACGCAGGAAACUUCUCCGGAAAAUAUGCGCCGGAUUCCUCAUCCUCGCCGUCAUCGUCCUCCUCACUUUCUUCAUCACAUGGGCCAUCCUCCAGCCCAGAAAGCCUAGAUUCAUUCUACAAGACGCCACCAUCUACGCCUUCAACAUCUCCGGCCCUAACACCAUCCUCCUUUCAUCCAAUUUUCAGGUGACCGUCUCCUCCCGAAACCCUAACUCCCGAAUCGGUGUGUACUACGACAAACUCGACGUGUUCGCCUCAUACCGCAACCAGCAAAUUACUUACUUCACUGGCAUCCAGCCGGUGUACCAAGGUCACAAAGAGACCAACGUCUGGUCCCCCUUCGUGUACGGCACCAACGUUCCGGUGGCGCCGUACAACGGUGACAGCUUAACCGAAGACAAAUCCGACGGCCAAAUCUUCUUACUUAUCAAAAUGAAUGGACGGGUGAGAUGGCGAGUUGGUAGGUUCAUAUCUGGUAGGUAUCAUAUCCACGUCACUUGUCCCGCAUUUAUUCCGUUUGGGGACAAACUCAAGUCGGUGACUCCGGGAAUUGUUGUCGGUACCGGAAUUAAAUACCAGUUAUCUCAAAGAUGCAGUGUUAGUGUGUGAAGUGAACGUUAUACGAUGUGACCACGGCGUUUUGGUGCCUCUUCUAUUCUUACUAUUAUGUUACUUUUUAAAUGUAUUUAUAUUUUGGUGGAAGCAUUAAAGGAAAAGAUGGGCAUGCAUGCCGACACUUAUUGCGUAAUUAUAAACACGUUGACAAAUUGUACCAUGAAGAUGAUGGAUUAUAUAUUUUUAAGUAAACAAUAAUUCUUUUUAGUUUU